CCUUAAGUAUCUAUCGUCUGUCUAUGAAUUGCCGUCUUUUUGGAGCUUUUUGUCAAUGACCUCACUGGCCCGCCCCUCUACCGAAGCACCCCGAAAGACGUGCCCCGCGAUCUCCGCCCGUGCCGUUGCCUCUGUCAGCUCUCAUAAGCUUCCAACUAACCAACCCUUUAUUCCUUCUCUCUUUCUUUUCUCUUUCUUCCGUUCCAGUACAAAUCAAUUCACUCUUCUACUUUACCUCACCAUAGACAACCUUUAAUAUCCAUCACAGCUACCAACCAUAUACAGCACUCUUAAAGCACCGCCCCUCCUCCUCCGCCUCCUCCUCCGCCUCCUCCUCACCAACUCUACCACCAACCACCAGCCAUGCCCACGCCUCGCCUCUUCAUCGUCCGCCACGGCGAGACCGAAUGGUCCCUCAACGGCCGUCACACAGGAAGCACCGAUAUCCCCCUCACAGCCAACGGCGAGAAACGAGUCAUUGCCACGGGAAACGCCAUGGUCGGCCAUGAUCGACUCAUCGUCCCUAACAAGCUUGCCCACAUCUACGUAUCGCCUCGGAAACGUGCUCAACGCACCUUUGAGCUGCUCAACUUGGGUAUCCCAGAGGCUGAGUUGCCGUGGAAAGCGCACGGAGAGAAUGCAUGCAACGGUCUAGUGUGCAAGGCCAAGGUUGAAAUCACGGAAGAUAUCCGCGAAUGGGACUAUGGAAACUAUGAGGGUAUCACAAGCCCCGAGAUUCGCAAACUUCGUGCCGAACAAGGUCUACAAGGAUCGUGGGACAUCUGGCGGGAUGGAUGCCCAGGCGGAGAAUCACCCGAUGACGUAACUGAGCGUCUUGACCGUCUUAUUGACGAUAUCCGCCAAAAGUACCACAAGCCACAUCUUGAUAACCCUGCCCAGGACGCCGAGUCUGCGGGCGAUGUUCUCGUCGUUGCACACGGCCACAUCUUGCGCGCGCUGGCCAUGCGCUGGGCUGGAAAGACGCUGCAGGACGGCCCAGCCUUCUUGUUGGAAGCAGGCGGUGUCGGCACCCUCAGCUACGAACACCAUAGCAUCAACGAGCCGGCCAUUCUACUGGGAGGUGCCUUUGUGGUAAACAUGUGAAACUAAACCAUUUUCCAGACUACUUAGAAAUCUAUUAUGGAGUAUUAAAAAAGGACGGCACAUUAAGCCUUGCACUGUAUAGAGGGCCUCAAAUCCUCGUUCCGCGAGCAAGGAAGCAAUGUCUUGUGAUUGUAGUAUCCCCGCGCUUCAUUUCAAAGACUGUGUCCAUCUUCUUGAAAGCAAAGUCCUUGCCCAGUCCAGCUUUAUCAAAGAGCUCCUUUGUAUUAUCCUCUGAGAACCCAUUAUGCUGCACACUGUGGUGACCUGCAUGGCCGUGAUCAAGUGGCGCAUGUGGUAAGAAGUCGACAAUGAAAAAAGUGCCUCCAGAUUUGAGGCGCUCUCCAAGUCGCGUGGCAGCGAGAAUGGUAUCGUCAAAGUGAUGGAAGCCAGCCCCGACACCAGCAACAUCAAAUGACUGGAAUUCAGGACCGGCUAGGCUUGGUGGUCCAACGGCAUCGGAUGGAUCGAUAAGAUUUCCAAAGUAGGCAUAGCAUUGGUCCUUGGUAAGUCCCUAUAUGCCUAGGUCAAUACAAGUAUCGAGGUGACAAGAACAAACGCGACUCACUUUAGCAGCAGCAUUGGCAUUGAACAUCUCCACCAUGUUCUCUGAAAUAUCUAUACCGACAGUUUGGCCAACAUGGCUCUGGAACGUCUGUACAAAUUGGGUCAGAAUAAGAAUAUCAGCACGUCAGUUGUAGUAUGAUUUCAUCUUACCCGAGAAAGGAGGCCAGUUCCGCAUGCAUAGUCUAGAAGACGGCCACCCUGCUUAAUACCAAUGAGGUCCAAAUUGUCUCGCAGCUCAUUCUCAAUGCGACCAAGGGUCUCUUUAUAUCGGUUGUCAUAGUCCGCGGCGGCUUUACUGUCAUUGAAUUAGCGCCAUGCUAGCGAACACAGCACAGAAAGAGUAGGCCAAUAGAGUGUGGGGCUUCAAGAAAAUACUUACUUGAAGUGCUGCUGAUUGGCUUCUGCAACUGUCGACAUUUUGUAGCGCCUGUGUAGGUAGUUGAUCUUUGAUAUCUGUUGAUGGAGACGGCAAGUUUGGCGGGGUAAGUGAAAAGAGGCGGAGGCAAACGUAUUGUUAGUGAUUGGCCAAAUUGCGCAGUGUAAAUUACGAAGUUCCUAAGCAAAGAUGAUUAAAAACGAGUUGAAGUGGAUUACAAUCAACAUAAAGAUCGUUUUUGUGCUGCUUCGCUUUUAUGCUUGUCCGCGGAGACUUCCCGGCGAGUUUGGCAUCGAGUCACCACGCGUCGUCAACCCUGAUAGCUGUUGAAACUAGCUCAUUCAUAAAUUCUAUGACUCUUACUAUAUCAGUAUGAUGGAAUGCAAAAGAAACAGCACCUGUAAGCGCCUUGCAAAGUCAGACAUGGCCACGGCCUGUCAUGAAAAUGCUCUGGCACAAGUAUAGGCUGUGUGGUAGACGCACGAUUAUCCACAAGGCGACACGUUUUCCGCCGUCGACAAUCACGAUCGCAUUGUGGCGAUGGCGGCUCGACCCACCAUUGUUACCCCGUAUUAAUGCAGCACGCUACUUUUGGCUCGGCUUCGGUGCGAGAUGCAAGUCGGCCGUUGAUGGGGCAUAUGCAUGGCCUGUGGAUGCGAAGAGGCGACGGCUGGCGGGGCUGCACUGAGGGAAUACUCCGCUAGCUUUACGGCGCUCCCCCCUCUUAGUAUCGCCGCAGACGUAAUGUUCAAAGAAACCUUGGAAGUUGGGCUGUUUCGUCGGCGAAGUUGGGUCGGUCACGUACAGUAUGCAGUUGUCCUAGUGCCGGUUGAAUCAAGAGACCGGUCUGCAACAUUGCCCAAUUGCGUAAUUUCGCUGCGGUGCAUUGCAUCGGUAAACUAUAGUCCGUCUGCGACGACAGCGAGCCAACACUCAGGGAUGCCGGCAUCAUACCGCUUAAAACACAGCCAUUGGGCUGCUCGUCAGAAGCUUCGACACAAAAGGGUUUC